UUAACUUGUAAACUGGCAAGUAAUACAUGGCCCUUGUUUUUAUAUUUCUUUGCAGUAUUUUGUCAUCUGUGGGCUCUCAGCUUGAUCUGAGGACACUUCGAGCCGUGAGGGUGCUGCGACCACUAAAAUUGGUGUCUGGUAUUCCUAGUCUGCAGGUCGUACUCAAGUCUAUUAUGAAGGCAAUGAUCCCCCUACUGCAGAUUGGCUUGCUGCUUUUUGUAGCUAUCCUCAUGUUCGCCAUCAUCGGCCUGGAGUUCUACAUGGGAAAAUUCCACAGGACCUGUUAUGAUGACAUUACAAGGGAACUUGUUGAUGAAACGCCAUGUGGUGACCGUGAGCCAUCACGUCUGUGUCCGAACGGCACAACAUGUAGAGACGGCUGGCUUGGACCAAACUAUGGGAUCACCCAGUUUGACAAUAUCCUGUUUGCUGUGCUCACGGUCUUCCAGUGCAUCACCAUGGAAGGAUGGACAGACAUGCUUUACUUUAGUAAUGAUGUGGAGGGCAGCGCCUGGAACUGGAUGUACUACAUUCCCCUCAUCAUCAUUGGCUCCUUCUUCAUGCUCAACCUGGUGUUGGGUGUACUCUCAGGUGAAUUUGCCAAAGAGAGAGAGCGAGUAGAAAACAGGAGCGAGUUCCUAAAGCUGAGGCGACAGCAGCAGAUUGAGAGAGAGCUCAAUGGAUACCUGGAGUGGAUCUGCAAAGCCGAGGAAGUUAUUCUGGCUGAGGAAGAUGGUACUGGGAACUUUGAUGGGUCAAGGCGAAGGCCGACCAUUAAAACCAGAAAUAAUAAGACAGAGCUGCUGAACCAGGAAGAAGGAGAAGACAACAUGGGAGAUGCAGUGGGUUUUGCACGCUCCAGUAUUAAGAGUGGUAAGGACGGCACCAAUUACAGUAAGAACGAACGACGACUACGAUUCUUCAUACGGAAGAUUGUGAAGACGCAGGCCUUCUAUUGGACGGUGCUCUGCCUGGUAAUUGUCGGCAGUAUCUUCGAAGUUGUUUGGGCAACCAUAAAACCUGGCACGUCUUUCGGCAUUAGUGUAUUACGAGCUCUAAGAUUGCUUCGCAUCUUCAAAGUGACAAAGUAUUGGGCUCCUCUUCGAAACCUGGUGGUUUCUCUACUUAACUCCAUGAAGUCCAUCGUCAGUUUGCUGUUCCUCCUCUUUCUCUUCAUAGUAGUCUUUGCCUUGUUGGGGAUGCAACUGUUUGGAGGACAAUUCAACUUUGAAGGUGGAACUCCACCCACAAAUUUUGAUACAUUUGCAGCAGCAAUCAUGACAGUGUUUCAGAUCCUGACAGGAGAGGACUGGAACAUGGUGAUGUAUGAUGGUAUUGAGUCCCAGGGAGGUGUGAAUGACAAAGGGAUGAUCUUCUCCAUCUUCUUCAUCGUCCUUACACUAUUUGGCAACUUGCUUUCCUUAACCUCUGCCAACCCAGACACUUUGCUGAAUGUCUUCUUGGCCAUUGCUGUUGACAAUCUGGCCAACGCUCAGGAGCUUACCAAGGAUGAAGAAGAGCAGGAGGAGGCAGCCAAUCAGAAAACAGCUCUACAAAAGGCUAAAGAGGUGGCAGAGGUCAGCCCGCUCUCUGCUGCCAACCUGUCUAUUGCAGCUAAGGAGCAGCAGAAGAACCACACGAAGGGCAAUAAGUCUGUGUGGGAGCAGAGAACGAGUGAGAUCCGCCGCCAAAACCUCAUGACUAGCCGAGAAGCACUCUACAAUGAGCUGGAACAGGAUGACUGGAAGGUGGGAGGGGAGGGCGAGGAGGUGUCCUACCCUCGGAAAGGACGAACUGACAUGAAAACCCACUUGGACAGGCCAUUGGUUGUGAACCCACAGGACAAUCGCAACAACAAUACCAACAAGACCCAACCUGGUGAGAUGCCUCUUGACCAGCACUAUCGACAGCAAGACAUUGACCACUGCCGACGUGCUGUGCACUACUAUCACCUCCACCACCACCAUCACCAAAAAGUCACUGGGCCAGAAAGUGGAGAAACAUGCAAGCAAACAAAAACCUUCAUGGAGCACAGCCUCAGCUGUACGUCUCUGGGCAAUGUAGAGGCAAGUGUGGAGGGCCAGCAGGGUGAGGAGAGGCACAGCCAUCGGAGCCAUCGGAACCAUCGGGGCCAUCGGCACAGAAACAGAGAAGGGAGAGAGACUCACAGUAUAUCCCCCCACCAUAGUGAGGCUGGAGAGGGGAACAACGAGCACAGGAGCUCCAGGCAGCACCGCAGGGCAGCCAGGGAAGGGGAAGAGGGCAGAAAGCAUCGAUCUAGGAGGACAGAGGGAGAGGGCGAGAAAGGCGAGGAAGAUGAGGGGAGGAAGGCAAGACGGCAUUGCCACAGCAACCAAGAAAGGAGCAGGGGCCAUCGUAGCAGAAGGGAGCACCACAGUAUGGGCCCUAGCCUCUCCACCACACGACCUAUACAGCAGUAUAAUGAGGAUCUGGACAACUUCCGCAACAACAGCAAGCUGGCCAAUGCCCACGAGCACCCUUAUGACCUCCCUCCUGACCAUCCCGACCAUGUCAAUAACCUACUGAAUUGUCAUGAUGCUGACACCCAUACCCUGCUUCAUAGUAUGGACAGCCUAAUCCUGACUAGCAUGGCUAAACCUGACUACACAACCAUAGAUAUGCCGCCUGUCUACCCAUACCCCUCGACCAAUGCAAUUUUGCAAGUCAACAAGAAUGCAAACACCGACCAGAAGAAGAGUGAGGAGAAAAAAGAAGAGGAGGAUGAGGGCGGGGAUGAGGAUGGCCCCAAACCCAUGCCUCCUUUCAGCUCCUGCUUCAUAUUAUCUACCACCAACCCGUUUCGGAGGUGCUGUCACUACAUCCUGACGCUGAAGUAUUUUGAGUUCACCAUCCUGUCUGUCAUCGCUAUGAGCAGCAUCGCCCUCGCUGCAGAGGAUCCUGUCAAGCCUGACUCACCACAAAACAAUGUGCUGCGUUACUUUGACUACGUUUUCACAGGCGUCUUCACAUUUGAAAUGUUGAUCAAGAUGGUGGUGCUCGGCUUGAUUCUACACGAGGGAUCCUAUUUCCGCGAUUUGUGGAACAUUCUGGACUUUAUAGUGGUUAGUGGUGCUCUGGUGGCCUUCGCCUUCACGGGGAACAGCAAGAGCAAAGACAUCAGUACAAUCAAAUCCCUCCGCGUGCUGAGGGUGUUGCGUCCACUCAAGACCAUUAAACGUCUGCCCAAGUUAAAGGCCGUUUUUGACUGUGUGGUCAACUCACUGAAGAAUGUGUUAAAUAUCUUGAUCGUCUACAUGCUCUUCAUGUUCAUCUUUGCUGUGGUGGCCGUGCAGCUCUUCAAAGGCCGAUUUUUCUACUGUACAGACGAAUCCAAAGAGUUUGCGCGUGACUGCAGAGGCGAGUACUUAGUUUAUGAUAGAGAUGAGGUUAAAGCUGAGAAGAGGGAAUGGAAGAAGUACGAGUUUCACUAUGACAACGUGGCUUGGGCCUUGCUCACCCUUUUCACUGUCUCGACUGGAGAAGGGUGGCCGCAGGUGUUAAAGCACUCAGUGGACUCGACAUAUGAGAAUCAGGGCCCGAGCCCAGGUUACAGGAUGGAAAUGUCCAUCUUUUAUGUGGUUUACUUCAUUGUCUUCCCUUUCUUCUUUGUAAACAUCUUUGUGGCUCUCAUCAUCAUCACCUUCCAGGAACAGGGGGAUAAGAUGAUGGAAGACUAUAGCUUAGAAAAAAAUGAAAGAGCUUGUAUAGAUUUUGCCAUAAAUGCAAGGCCUCUAACCCGCCACAUGCCGAAGAACAAACUGAGCUUCCAGUAUCGCAUGUGGCAUUUUGUGGUGUCACCGCCCUUCGAGUACAGCAUCAUGGCUCUGAUCGCGCUCAACACUAUUGUCCUCAUGAUGAAGUUUCAUGGUGCAUCCGAAUCAUACGAUAAUGUCCUCAAAUACCUUAAUAUCGUGUUUACCACCUUCUUCUUCAUGGAAUCAGUCCUCAAGGUCAUUGCUUUUGGCCCUCUGAAUUAUUUCAGAGAUGCCUGGAACGUUUUUGAUUUUGUCUCUGUCAUUGGAAGCAUUACUGACAUACUAGUGACAGAAAUCUGGGAUAAUAUCAUCAACUUGAGCUUCCUGAGGCUGUUCCGAGCUGCACGCCUCAUAAAGCUUUUGAGACAGGGAGAGACCAUCCGCAUCCUACUGUGGACGUUCGUCCAGUCUUUUAAGGCGCUGCCAUACGUCUGUCUGCUCAUUGCCAUGCUCUUCUUUAUCUAUGCCAUCAUUGGCAUGCAGUUGUUUGGGAACAUAGCCCUUGAUGAAGAGGAAGGAAGUGCUAUCAAUGAGCACAAUAACUUCAGAUCCUUCCAUAUGGCUCUAAUGCUGCUGUUCAGGAGCGCGACAGGUGAGGCGUGGCAAGAGAUCAUGUUGUCUUGCCUGGGAGAAAAGCAAUGCGACGAGGACUCAGGGACGUCAGGAAAGGAGUGUGGCAGCACCUUCGCCUACACCUACUUUGUCUCUUUCAUCUUCCUAUGCUCUUUUCUGAUGCUGAAUCUCUUUGUGGCUGUCAUCAUGGAUAAUUUUGAGUACUUAACCCGAGACUCAUCCAUCCUGGGGCCUCAUCAUUUGGACGAGUAUGUAAGGAUAUGGGCUGAAUACGACCCAGCUGCGUGCGGGCGCAUACAUUAUAAGGAUAUGUACAGUUUAUUGCGAGUUAUCUCCCCUCCUCUGGGUCUUGGCAAGAAAUGCCCACAUAGGGUGGCCUGCAAGCACAUCGUAGCCAGGGUAUUGCUGCCCUUCACAAUAUCAGAGAGGGCUCUCAGGAGCAUCCGGAAACACAGCUGUGAGCGGAGGCUCCUGGUGGACGCGCAGCCCCACGGCCGGAUCAGUUACACAGACAUGUAUCAGAUGCUAAGACACAUGUGUCCGCCGCUAGGCCUCGGGAAGAGGUGUCCCGCCCGGGUCGCCUAUAAGAGGCUGCUGCGUAUGGAUCUGCCAGUCGCCGAUGACAACACAGUACAUUUUAACUCCACCCUCAUGGCUUUGAUCAGGACCGCUCUGGAUAUAAAGAUUGCCAAGGGCGGUGCAGACAAGCACCAGAUGGAUGCAGAGCUGAGAAAGGAGAUGAUGGCUAUCUGGCCAAACUUAUCCCAGAAGACACUCGACCUGCUGGUUACACCGCACAAGGCAGCCACAGACUUGACGGUGGGCAAAAUCUACGCCGCCAUGAUGAUCAUGGAAUACUACCGGCAAAGCAAGACAAAAAAGCAGCAGGCCUUGCGAGAGGAGCAGCUUGCAGGCCAUGUCAUGUAUCUCACACAGAACCAACCCCCAUUAAUGUUUAAGCGUAUGAAGCCAUCCUCUGAGGGAGGAGACUCAGAUGGCCAGGGGGGGCAAGGCCAGAACGGCCUCCCUAGCACCCAGCCGGACAAUAUCAACAGCCUUGUAUUUUGUCUGUCUGGACAUGUAUCUGAAUGCAAAGACCUCCUGAUGGGGGAACGACAGCUGAAGCCCAAGAUAUGUCCCAUAAGCCAGGGAAGUGGAGCCCUGACAGACCCUACCCUGAUGACCUCCAUGAGAACCGCCACAACCCCCAGGUAUGAUGGGUCCAAGCACGCCGUCACCGUGACGGUAGAGUUGAGGGAGAUGGGGCGGGACGGGUACUCCGACACUGAGCCCUAUCACCCAAUGGAUGGGCAUGGGCGGACCCUCUCCAUGCCCCGCCUCUCAGCAGACAACCAACGGAGGAGACACAGGCCUCGUGGAAAUAACCUCAGUACCAUCACUGAUACCGGCCAAAUGCGCCGGUCCACCUCCAGCCUGGUUCACGGGCGUUCGGGCCGUGGGAUGAGGCUGGAGGACUACUCCCUGGAAAGGUCUGAGGAGGGAAGACACGCCGGUGGACGCAGGCACAGGGACAGAAGUCACCGCACCUCACAGCGCUCGCUGACCAGAUACACUGACGCAGACACGGGCCUGGGCACAGACCUGAGCACCACCACACAGUCCGGUGACUUGCCACCCAAGGAGCGUGAGAGGGACCGUGGUCGCACCAAGGACCGACGUCACCACCACCACCACCACCAUCAUCACAGCUCUAUGGACAAAGAGCGCUACGGCCCCGAACGUCACGACUACCCCAGCAGGCAUCCGCAUGACCGCCAUUGGUCCCGCUCACCCAGUGAAGGUCCAGACGGAAGAGGACACAGACAGGGCAGUAGUUCGGUGAGCGGCAGCCCGGUCCCCUCCACCUCGGGGACCAGCACUCCACGGAGAGGCCGUCGCCAGUUGCCACAAACCCCCGCCGUCCCUCGUCCACACGUCACCUACUCCCCCGCCGUUCGCAAGCCUAACUACGGCCCCCCUGGGCCGGGCAGACUGCGUUCGCCCUCCCCUCGACAGUUCUCCCCACCUGACCACGACAGGGGCUACCACCAUCGACCCCCGUCACGCCACGCCUCCCCGCACCACGGGGGGUCCUCUUCUCGACACGGUUCCCCCCGAUCGCCUAGGCACCAGUCCCCACGCUCCCCUCUCCACGGUUCACCCAGGUCCCCGCACCGGAGCCGCUGGAGCGGGCCUCCGCCGGGGGACAGCCUGGAGGGUGACGGGCCCUUCUACGAGAGAGAUUAUGAGUACGAGCGGCACCAUGAGCCUCCUGCCUACGAGCAGAGCCUUUCCCAUGGAAACCCUCACCCUCAUAGUGGAAACCCUCACCCGCAUCCACGCUCACCCAGGACUGCCCGCCACGGGCCCCCUCCGCCUCCUCACCCACAUUCACGCCACGUACCCAACGGCUACCGCUCGUCCUCACCUUCCCCACAUCGGCGGGGACCACCAGGAGCACCACCACAUCCACACCACCGGCCUCCCCAUGCCAGGCGGCCCCGCAAGGGCCUGCAUGAACCCUAUAGUGAGACGGAUGAGGACGACUGGUGCUAGCGACUACACAGAGCAAGACAUAUUGACAGCAGAGGAGAAGAACACCCUCUUCCAGUGCUCUGGCCUUGGAUCUGAAAAGUUUGAUGAGGUUGGGGUGAUCGAGAUUUUUCGGAGGUUUUUGUUGCCCUAAGAAAAAAAAAAAACCUCUACCUCCACCCCUCAGACUCUAAACAUGAGGAAGGGGUGGAGGUUAGGGGAGGAAGGUUCAGCAAUUAACCUGCUGUGCAUUUUGUGUCAGAGUUUAAUCAGUGACCGAGCAGCACUUGGUUAAAACCGAAAAAACACAAAGUCAAGAGAACUUGCAUGAGGCCAGGGCAGAGUUUGCUUAUGCCUUUCUCAGUCUCAGAUCCACACUCCCAAGAAAUAGCUUUCACAAUCAAGACCAGGCUGCAAGAGGAAGAGAUGGGUGUGGGAGCAGAAAGCAAUGGAGGAGCAUGAGGUUCGAAAAAAGUGCUGUGAUCACUGCGGUUUCUGAGGCCAAAUAGCAUUUUGCCUCAACUGAUUGCAUAGUUUUGUCAGAUAUGUGCUGUCUAUCUCUGACUAGACUACUUCUGUACAAUGAAAAUAAGCUGGAUCGAGGAAUCCACAACUUUGACUCUGUUCUGAGACAGUUAUGUUUAAUGAAAAAUGAAUAAAUAAAAAGCCAGGACCCCCUAACCCUUACAUACCAAGCUAUGCCUCCAGAAAAUCAAACUUGAACAAUGAAGAACACAGUUAAACUUUACAUGAUAAACAAUGGCAAGAAGAAAAGGGAGAACAUCCACUUGAUCUUUAAUCUUUUUCCUUUCCAAGAGACAGAACCAGGAUGCUCCGCCUAUACUGCAAAAACCAGCCAAUCACAGCGCUGGCUGAUAUUUGAUGAGUUUUAUCAUCUCUGUUUACUGUUAUGUACUCACUCAAUACUGAUGGAACUGUUGUGACAUCACUUCCUGUCCAGAUGAUGGUGGCAAUACACAAGGGUGAGGCCCAAAAAGGGCUCACAUCCACUGUGAGUGCACAGGUGGGAUUGGCUCAGGUAACUAGAGAAGUGAGUCAAAGACUUUGUGAAGCCUGUUCUUCCUCUGUUACUUGACCCAGUGCACGAAGGAGGGUGGCCUGACAGGAAAUGACAUCACACAGUUGAAUGGGGCGGAGGAGAGGAAAGGAGGGAUGGGCAAAAGACUAUUUCUUCAGUAUUUCUUCUAUCAAUUACUUCUAUUUCUUGUUAUUGUUCGAACAUUGGAGCUUGGUUCUUCUGUUGCAUACGCUCAGCCUCCUUUGACCUUUUUCGGAAUCCAAAAUUUGAUGGAAAACCUGCAUGAUUGAUAAAAUACAUAUUAGAGAGGAAAUCUAAGUGGUGUGGGUGGGACCUUGGGGCUUUCUAAGAAACUUUACAUUUAGGUUUAUAAAAAGACGUUUUCUUCUUUCAGAAUCUCUCUCUCUGUUUCUCUCACACACAUACAUGUCAAAAGUAAUUGUUUGGGGUUCCUUUUUACCUGAAAAGGAUUGUGGUUGUUUUUUGGUCUCAGUCUUUUAAAGACUCAGUCUCUAUGACUUGUCAUGAGACAUUAAAAUGUCCCGUUGUGUGAGAAACAAGAGUGAGAAAGAAUGGAGAGAAGCAAACCUCUACCACACUUGAUUUGUUAUUUUUAAUGAUGACAGUGAAAAGCAUCACAAUUUUAAAAGUCAGUGCAAAAUUAUGGUGGCAAUGAUGAUACUGGUGAUGACUGGCUGAUUUAUAGAAAACUGUUAAUGUAGAGUUGUCAUGUUAUUUGGAGUUCAAAUAUGCUGUGUCCAUCUUGUUUGCAUCCUUUACAUUUAUUACCCCUGUUCAAUGACGUUUACUUGGUUCUCGAUGCCUUCUUGCAACAUUUAAGGGCAGUUAUGGCUUGGGAACAUUCACUUAGCAUUGCGUGUUGUAACGCAACUCUUAAGAUACACUCUCUCUCCAGAAUGGUGGAGGUGGAGGUCAGGGGAGUCUCAGUAUCUGACCUGCAAUGGUCCUUGGGGUGAGUCCUCUUGUCAAGCCAACCCAAAGAUCAGUAACUCGUUCUUAGAUUAAGGGGUAGAAUAUUUUAUUUAACUGGGGUUGUGAAAGCUGACUUUGCAGAAGUUCUAUCAAGGCUGACAUUCUCCCACUUGCUGCCAAAAAAAAACAAAAACGAAUACACAAUUAAUCAAAAGCUUUUCCCUCCGUUAGGCUCUGUAGUUUUGCAGUGAGAUCACUUCCCAGCAAUGUCAGCACAGCAUUGGUGAUACAGGGUUCGUGUCAGUCAGUGUUAUGCAGUGUUGUUUUUGCCACUAGGGGGAAGUUAUCAGCACACAUGGUUCCCCUGCCUUCCCCUCCACAGGACAACCUCUUGGUCAUAUCCUAAUGUUUAAUCCAGCAGUGUUGCUCCACUCACAUUCUUCACAAGAUAUACGAGCUCCUCUCCUUAUCAGGAGACAUGGUUGUGGCCAGGGAGAUCCUAUCUAUCCAUAUGCCAGUACACUCUUCUGUCUGCCUGUCUGUGCCAAUGCUGACCAGCCUUUCUGACCCCUCAACCCCUUCACUCAGGUCCCUCAGCUCCCUCUCGCAGAUCCCCGUCCACUCAUGUGAGGUUGUAGCAAAGCUGAAUCCUUCUCUGACAAAACCCACCUCAGUAUGUAUUGAACUCUCUUUCCUCAUCUAUAUUUUUUCUAAUAAUUUGCUUUCAUAUAUAUACUCUUUCGGCUCGUAAGUGAAUGUCACUGAAGAUGCUCGGAACACUUUACAAAUAGAAACACUUAGGACUAAUAAUUUCCUCUUUAUUGUUAUGACAGACAAUAAUUAUUAAUUAUUCAAUAACUAGGACGAACUGACAAAAUAUAUAUAGUUUUUUGCCUAUGGAUAAUUAUAGAUACGAUACCGUAGAUGUAGUUAGAUAUUUAUGAAAAAAUAAGAGUAUAGUUAGAGUUUCAGAUAUUUAUUUAUUUCACUCAGAUCAUGUGCUUCACACAAUUAAGAAUCAAGCUUUUCUUGAAACCUCACAUUGUUUUCUUUGCAGUUGCAAAAGCCAGAAAAGUAACCCCAAUCCACAUGUUUUGUCUAUGCAGACUCAUGAGCAUCCUCCAUGAUUUAAUUUCAGUGGAGUAACUGCACUGCUGUGGUACUGUAAAACAAAUUCACAAAGCAAGGAUCUGAGAUAAUGUGAGUCACGCUGCUUUUGCACAUCCUGUGACAUCACACCCAUCAUGACUUAGCUUCCUUUCCUAAACGCCUGUCGCUGUCUUUUUCCCUCCCUCCAGGGGAUUUUCUGUCUACAAAGUUAUCUGCUCUUUUGAGACGUAUUUCCACCGGGCCAUGUUGUUAAGCAUUGCAGAGGGAAAAUGGGGAUGAGAUUUUGGAGGGGGUUGUUGAUUAUAAAUCUGGCAGAAGUGGAGGGGUGAACAUCAGAAACCUCUCUGUCCUCACCUUCCAUCAAAAGAUGUUGCAGCAGAUGAGGAUUCUUCUCCAAGCCCCCUACAGAGCCACAGUGCCUUCUGUAUCCGAAUCAUAUUAGUCACCCCCUAAUAUCCUCAUGCAUAGUCGCUCUCCUCUAUCCCCUCCAUCCCCUUUUACCCUCUGUUGUAGUUGAGAUCAACCACACUACGCCUUAAAAAUCAAAUCCCACCGACUCCAAUGCUAGCCUAGGAAAAGGAAGAGUGGGUUAUUGAGACUGGGCCACGGUCAGGAAACAGUCAAGAGGCUAGGCUUCAUGCAGGGAAACUAAUAUCACUUCAGUAAUGGGCUAGACUAUUUAAAUCUCCCAUUCAAAUACUGAUUUUUGUAAAAGUUGCCAAAAAUCAAAUGAGAUCCUAACAGGUUGAAUCAGAGCCUUGUAGUUUUGACAUUUAAGAUCAAUGGCCAUAAUUUACAGAUCCUGCUAGCCGGCUAGCCCUUUUGGCUUUGGCAUGGCACCAUUUUGUGUCCAUCCCAGAAAUGUCCUGGGUCCAGUUUCAGGCGGUGUAGUGAGAGGUUUACAGAGGUUCAAAGCUGUUUGCUUUAUUCUCAGGUCCCUCUAGAGUUAGGUAGCUAGUUAGCAAACACUGGGAAAAGACAGCUACAAAACAAGCAGGUCUAAGAUUGAGUUAAUGUAUGGUUUUAGCUGGCAUGGCAUCAGAUGUAAUGUUGACCCCACCUCUCCUCUCUCACCUACACACAUUACACACUGAUCCUUCACCCUCCCAUCAGCAGCCUGCCAAGCACACCAACACUCAGCACCAACGUGUUGACAGACUUGCAGAAAAAAAGAAACAACUUCCAUUUUGGCUCCACAUCCUCCACUCGUUUGUCCAGAAUUGUAACAGCGGAUCCAAAAUGGCCGACACACAACACUGCCCUCGUGUGAACGCAUGUUGUGUGUUCGCUUUUCCCCCAAAAAGUAACGUUCUUUUUUUUCUUUUUUUUAAAGUGAGACACUGAUCUCUUUUUUAUUUUGUAGUAUCCCCUUCUUCUGUUGAGCUUAGUUUGAGGGAUUUGCAAGGUUUUUUGCACUGUCAUCACCUCUCAGCAUCUGCUUUCUGGCUUCUGCCACCCUUUGGUCUGAAAGUCUGACUAAUCAUUUGUUCCUUUCCUCUUCCCUCUCGGAUGAAGGAAAAACAAACAAACAAAGCACCCAUCUGCUCAGUCGGCUGUGAAAUUGUGUCAGCGGGACAGUUAUGAGGCAAUGUGUGGACAAAUACACAAAAAAGGGCUCUCUUUAAAAAAAAUAGAUAAAUACACAGUGGGUAUUGAUGUACAGUAGUGCUGCCAAAAGUUGUGCUUAUGUAGCUGAAGCCACGCCGUGGUCUCCCCUUUGUACAGCACUAUAUGUGUGCAUGCAUGCGUGUGUGUGUGUGUGUGUAGGGGGUAAUGAGCAAAGGGUUGGGGGGUCGCGAGACUGAUUUUUAAAGAUGAGGGGAUACUGCUUGGGGUAGAGGGUGGGAGGUUUGUGGGGGCAGCAAAAAAGAGGUUUAAGUGGUGUUAAUACACAAUUUCACAAAGGCACUGGACCACUUUUCACCUUCAACCCAUUCGCAUUUCGUCAUAAUGUGGAGGUGGGGGGGCUCCGCUGCGUCAUGGAGACAUUUUACUUUGUGUGCAUGCGUGUUGGUUUUUUAAGACAGCGUGUGAGAGUGCGUUUGUGUAGUUGGUGACGUGUACAUUUUCAGAGCUGAAACUCAUUCGUCAAUUAGUGUUAAGAAAAGGGUACCAAAAAUCUUUUUAAAUGUAUAU